UUAUGAAAGAUUCUUAAAGAUUUGGUCAGCAACAGCAAUAAUGUUUUCCCUGGCAAUAAAGCUUCCUACCUCACCAUGCACAGUAACACCAUUUAUUACUUAUUCUCAUCAUCAAUAACACAACUUAGGUAGAAGGUGAACAAGUAAUUAUUUCUCUGUUCAAAUCUUACUGCAUUAAUGGAUCAACUUCACAUUUUCUUGCUCCCCCUAACCGCCUAUGGCCACAUGAUUCCAGCUUUGGACAUGACCAAGCUAUUCCUUUCACGGGGGGCCAAAACAACUAUAAUCACCACACCGGAAUUCGUCAAAGAAGUAGAACAUAUUCGACAACAGGGCUUUGAGAUCGGCAUUGAGUGUGUCAAGUUUCCACAAGUAGGUAUCCGGGAUGGGGGUGAUGAUGCAUUUUCCUAUCAGUUUGCCAUUUACGCGCUUCAAGAACCGGUCGAGGAGCUCCUCGAAAGAUUACGUCCUGAUUGCCUUGUUGCUGAUAUGUUCUUCCCAUGGGCUUCUGAUGCUGCAGCCAAGUUCAACAUCCCGCGAUUAGCUUUCCACGGAACGAGUUGCUUUGCGGUGUCUGUUGCAGAGAAUAUGAGACUCUACAGGCCGUUUGAGAAGGUUUCGACAGAUUUUGAGCCGUUUGUGGUGCCUGAUCUUCCUCAUCAGAUUACAUUUUAUAGAACGCAGGUUUCUGCAAAUGAUAGAGGGGAAAUUAAGAGCGACUUCGACAAGGUGUUGGAAGAAGCCAUUGAGUCAGUGAAGAGAAGCUACGGUGUGAUUUUCAACAGUUUUUACGAGCUUGAGCCAGAAUACCUGGAUCGUUACAAGGAGAUUUUUGGGGGAAAUGCGUGGCAUGUUGGCCCUCUUUCCUUAUGCAACGACAAAAUCGACGAAGCUCAUAGGGGCAAAAUAGCAUCCAUUGAUGAGCAAGAAUGUCGGAAAUGGCUCGACUCCAAGAACCCUAAUUCUGUCAUUUACUUGUGCUUUGGGAGCAUAGCAGAAUUCAGCGACUCCCAGUUACACGAAAUCGCAUCAGCUCUUGAAGUAUCCGGCCAAGAAUUCAUUUGGGUGGUCAAGAAAAGUUUCACCGGAGAUGAAAAAUGGUUGCCGGAGGGAUUCAAGGAGAGAACUAAAGGUAAAGGCUUGAUCAUAAAUGGGUGGGCACCGCAGCUUCUGAUUCUAAGCCAUGCAGCAGUAGGGGCUUUCGUGACCCACUGUGGGUGGAAUUCGACGUUAGAAGCAGUUGCUGCAGGAGUGCCGAUGGUCACAUGGCCCCUUUUCGCUGAACAAUUCUACAACGAAAAGCUGGUGACCGAUGUUUUAAAGGUGGGAAUUCCAGUAGGGAAUCGGAAGUGGAGUGUGGGGGUUCAUGAUGAUGAGGUGAAGAGGGAGGAAAUAGCGAAGGCGCUGGAAAGAAUUAUGUCAAAUGUCGAAAGCUUGGAGAUAAGAAGGAGAGCUGGGGAGUUGGGGGAGAUUGCAAGAAAAGCUGUUGAACCAGGUGGUUCAUCUUGUUCUGAUCUGAGUUGUCUGUUGCAAGAACUUUGUGCUUAUCAUCAGUCUUCUUGUAGCAAAUAAGCAGCUGAUUUUGAAUGCGUAUGUGUUUCACCUACUGCUGUGUUUCUUGCUGAUCAAACCACUUGUGUGUGACAUGGUUGGUCAUACUUGUAUUUCUCAAUGUUAUGCCUGCAAUAAAAUUAUUUAUACAAAUAUAUUUAUGUGUUAAUCUGUCA